AUGCAGUCCGAUAAACCCGAACAGUCGAAAGAAGAACUCGCCGCGGCGAUUGCGAAGGAGCAGAUGGAGCAGGAUGCCCUGCCAUACAAAUGGACCCAAGUCCUCGAAGAACUAACCGUGACCGUCCCGGUCCCCCCCGGCACCCGCUCGCGCGACCUCUCCAUCAAAAUCACGCGAACUCACUUACUCGUCUCGCUCAAAACAAACCCAACCCCGCUGAUCGACGACGAUUUCUACAAAGACGUGAAAGUCGACGACUCGACCUGGACGCUCGACGACCAGAAAGAAGUGACGCUGACGAUCGCAAAGGCGAGCGGGUUGGAGUGGUGGCCGCAUGUGGUGAAGAGUGCGCCGAAGAUUGAUGUGGCGAGGAUUCAGCCGGAGAAUUCAAAGUUGAGUGAUUUGGAUGGCGAGACGAGGAGUAUGGUUGAGAAGAUGAUGUUUGAUCAACAGCAGAAGCAGAUGGGUAAGCCCACGAGCGACGAGAUGAAAAAAGAAGACAUCUUGAAAAAGUUUCAGGCUCAGCAUCCCGAGCUCGACUUUAGCAAAGCCAAGAUCCAAUAAUCUACCUACCAUCUUGAUAUCUUUUAUCUUAUCUUGUGAUAAUACUACAGCUCAUCGUGGCUGCUAUCAAGACCAUACCUCUGCGGCGAAUUCGCCGGCACAACCCCCUUCAACCUCCCCUCCGCCGGCGUCGCGAACCCGCUCAGAAACUCAUACAACUGCUCCUUCUUAAUCUCCCCCUCAUACACAGCCCUCUCCUCCUCCUCCUCCCCCUCCUCAUCGUUCGU